AUGCAAACUUGUUCAAAACACAAAGAUUAAUAAAUUGAUUUGAUUUGCUUAGAAUCAGCAUGCAAAUCCCAUGUCGCUUGUGUAUAAUGUGUGAUUGAGGAUCAUUCUGAGCAUCCAGAACAAUGUCUCUUUAUAGAUGACAUUUUAAAUGUAAUCAAUAUAAUACAAGGUAUAGAAUAACAUCAAAUUGGAAAACUCUAAAGUAAUUGAUUUUGUAACCAAACUCAGAAGUGAAUAAGAUUUGGUGAGUGUUGUAGAUAGAGAAUUCGUUUCCAUUUAAAAUGAAAUAUUGUUGAAAUUUGACGGCUUUUCGUAUUCAUAAUAUCAAAUUAUUUAGAGAAGACUUGCAAGUAUAUUAUAAUCAGUUGACCCCAAGGGAAAUCCAAUAAAAAGAGAUAGAAUUUUUUGAUCUGCUUAAGAAUGUUACUAGUUGUUAAGAAAUUGUGAAAUUAUAUUAAUCCUAUUAAAGUGGGAACAUUAGCAAAGCAAAUUUCAAUCAAGAAUUAAAUGCCAUAAUAAAUAAACCUGAGAUUGAAUAGAACAAGUAGCAGAUAUUUACAAUCUAUAAAUGCUUGUUGCAACAAAGCUUGAAAUUGCAGAAGAAAGACUUAAUUGUAUUUUGAUAUUUUGCUAUAUCCUAGUAAAUAUAAAAUGACAUAUUGGAAACACUCCAAGAGAUACCUAAAUUGUUAUCCUUAGAGAAAUCAAUCCAAUUCUAUAGUCUGUAGGGAAAUAAAAGUACUAUUGAAAAUGGAAACAUCAUUACAAUAACAUCAUAAGAUUAGUAGGUAGUAAUUGUAUCGUAAAAUACAUUCUCCUAUCCCAAUAAAUAUUAAUUCACCAUUUAAGUUGAACAAUAUGAUACUAGUUAAAAUUAAUAAUUGCAAGUUGGAUUUGCUCAUCAUUCUAAAUUAAUGAAUUACAACUAUUUCUAUAGAUAGAAUAGUAGUGCCUAUUUUGGAUUGAGUAACACAGGUAGAAUCAAUUUCUCUGUUUAGAAACCAGAGGGCAAGAUCAUAGGAGAGUCUGUGAGAUUGUAAAUAUUCAUAUCAUAAUAGAGCUUUAAAAGAGAAAAGACCUGCUCAUAUUACAAUAUCAUUAGAUAUACAGAAUAAAUAAUGUUUAUUACAAUAUGAAGACAUCAAGAUUGAAUACAGUAAAAAGAAGUGCUCAAAGUUGGGAUUUGGUGGUGAGACAGGUGCUGAAUAGUUCUUUUAGAAGAAUAAGAAAUUUGUAAUGUUUUUUAUAGGAAAUUUGGCAGAUAUGAAAUGCAAGGUGGUUUGAAUAUAAAAUAAUAAAUAU